AUAAAACCCUUCGUCUCGGUGAGCAAAGAUUCAUCAUCAUCUCGGAUUUUAUCAUAAUAUUCAAAAUAAUCAUCCCAUGGAUCGGAACCAUAGAUUGGUGAUGGAGGAUCGGGAAUAACAAUUACAGGCCGAACGACAUAACAAGUUCACUUUUUUCUUAAAAAAUGGCAACUGGACGUGAAUUCUUACCAUAUUUACCUGGUUCACUUACACCAAUCUCACCUUAUGCCAAUGCGAUUCCUCCAGGUCUUGGUGCUCUUUAUGCUGCCUGUAGGCGAUUAUAUCCCGAUCAACCUAAUCCUCUUCAGGUUACGGCGAAUGUUAAAUAUUGGUUUGGUGGACCUGACCCAUUGGAUUAUAUUAGCAUGUACUCUAAUCCAGGAGAUCCCAGUCAAAAUAUUCCACCUCACUGGCAUUACAUCAGCUUUGGAUUGUCUGAUUUAUAUGGAGAUGGAAGAGUUCACCAACCCACUGAUCAAUCAUCACCCAGUGGUUAUGGGUUUGAGCUUACAUUCCGUUUGAAAAAGGAUGAUGAACCAGGACCACCAACUUGGCCGGCGAUGGUCAUGCAAGCAUUGGCUAAAUACGUUUUCCAAUCGGAAAAUGUCCUAUGUGCUGGAGAUCAUGUAUCUUGGCAUUGUUCAUUGGACAACAGUGAAUCACGAAUUGAGCACAUGUUGAUGACUGAAGAUCCACAAUUGGGAACAAUUAAUACUCCAUUUGGAGGGGUUACGUUUAUUCAAAUUGUUGGUGUUUGUCUAGAAGAAUUGAAAGCAGCUCAACAAUGGAAUGGACCAGGAAUCAUUGAGCUUAUGAAAACUGUUGAAGUUGCCGGUGGCCCUUGGUUAGUAACCAAUAUGAGAAGAGGAGAGACAAUUUUCGAAAUUGAUACAGAAAUUCAGGAAUCGGUUGACAAAGGGAUUAUCGAUGAAGGAUCUAAUUUAAGUGGAGUUAGUGCCAAAUGUGCCUGGAGUGAUAAACCAUUUAGUAACAGUGAUGAUGAUUCAAAUGAUGAAGAUGCCAAUUCAGAUUCAGACUCAGAUUAUGGUGAAAAUCAUCCAAUACUAGAAAGAGGAAAUCUGAGCCAUAAUCACCCCAAUCAUUUAAGUAAUCACCUUAAUCACAAUACGCUUAACAAUAACACAAACCUCAACAACAACAACAGCAGCACCAAUAAUAAUUGUCAUACUAAUAAUAAUGUAAAUUCAUGUGGUUCACCGAUCGGUGGUAUGUCCUCGCCAACCUGUAAUAGUCGUAAUUCAAACAUGUCCAUCACCCAUGAUCAACAAAACCAAAGUAAUUCACGUAUGUCUUACGCGAGUGAAACAGGAGCUCCCGAACCUGGAGAAUUGCUCCAAACUAAAUUUAUCGAGAAAAUUUACCUUCGACUUAAUCUCGAAGCUGGUUUACUUUUACCUUUAGCUUUACGUGGACGACUUAAACACGGACGACAUUUCACCUUUAAAAGUAUCCUCGGUGAUCUCGCGAUAACCUUUGUCACACCUUCGGUCAGUGGAUCUCAUGUGAACGAAGAGCAACCUUACGCUAUCCAUGGACCUUGGUUGCAGAUUUUAAUUCCCGAUCGUAGUAUUGACACCAUGUUAAAAGAUCUGAAGGAACUAAAUGAUCUUGAUUUUGAAUCUCUACCUCGAACUUACGAAUGGCCUGAAUUAAAUUUGACCAUCACUCUAAUGCCAGAGGAAAAUUUUAAUUAGUGCGAAAAAUUUGAAAAAUCCUUCACUUUUUAGAGUUGAAUUAUUGGUUAACAAUUAUAACCAAUUAAUCGACAAGAUUGAUUCAAUCUCACAAUCCACACAUCAACCAAAUCCAAGAUGAUCAUUACUCUAAUGAUUUGUUAAUUAGUUUAUUAUCAGAAAUAUGGUAACAAUUUAAUUUCUAAUUAUCUUAAUGUAAAAUCAUUCUGAUAAGUUCUCAACUAAUUACUGAUAAAUUGCUCUAUUAGCAAUUUAAAUCUAUUUACUUUAAUCGAUGUUAAUUACAUUCAAAGUUAUCAACAGUUGGUUACAGUAACUAUGAUAGUUGAUUGUUGAUUGAUUAAUAUACAUACUAAUCAAUUUACUCAAAAUUGAGACACAAUUAUGUUUUGUAUCAAAUUGUGAGAUUUUAAUAGAAAAACAGUGAAAAGUUAAAUACAAAUUUGAUUUUAAGAAUCAAAGAUAAUUAAAGAAAUUUUAAUUUCUCAUAUAAUAAUAUUGCACUGGGAAGUUUUUUACAUCCAAUCUAGACUAAUGGUUAAGUAAUUAAUACUUAAUUGUUGAUAGAAGAUGA